AUGCCGGAACCUACCAAAGAAGUGUGGAUUCAAACUGCCGAAGGAUUUUAUAAUAAUGCGAAUUUUCCUAACUGCCUUGGAGCAGUUGAUGGAAAGCAUAUUCGAAUAAUUAAUCCGGCAAAAAGUGGUUCAGACUACUUUAAUUACAAGCAUUUUUUUUCUAUAAUUUUAAUGGCUUUAGUAGAUUCGAACUAUUGUUUCCUUUCCAUAGACGUUGGAGCUUAUGGACGUGAAGGAGAUCCUAACAUUUUCAAAAAGUCACCAUUAGGUAAAAAGUUAUACGAUCGUCAACUGGACAUCCCAUUGCCAAAAAAGUUACCUAAUGAUGAUGAUGGUGUAGAACAACCAUUUGUGAUAGUUGGAGACGAGACAUUUGCCUUGCAUGAAAACUUACUCAGGCGUUACCCAAGAAAAAUUUAG